GAUGGUGCAGAGGUUCGUUGGCCAUGUGAUCGGGGCGCGGUAGGUUGUAGCAGUUGUCAGUUUGAUGCAUGCAGCAUGCUUGGUAAAGCAUUUGCCGGUAUUAUCGGAGGUGGCAUCGCUACAUUCGUUGUUUACGCGAAUGACGUGCGGAAAAACAAGGCCCAUGCAUCUUGGACGACAAACGCUUCUCCGUCUACGAAAUGGGACAAGAACUGGGACAGGCGUGACCCUGAGAGCUGCGUGAAGCCAGCCAAGAACGAUAGUCCAGAACAGCAGAACCGCUACAAUGAGGCCCUUCAGCAGCACAAGCCAACAGCCAUACGGCACCUGUAUCUCAUCAGGCAUGGCCAGUACAACCUCAAGGGAGACUCGGACCGGGAUCUCAUUCUCACAGAGCUGGGGCGGAAACAAGCGGACGUGACGGGGCAGCGCCUGAAGCAACUCAACGUGCCAUUCUCGCGAAUGGUCUUCUCCACCAUGGCGCGGGCCACCGAGACGGCCCGCAUCAUCCACGGCCACUUCGAGCACCUGCCCCUGGAGCCCUGCGAGCUGAUCCGGGAGGGAGCCCCCAUACCCCCCGAGCCGCCCUCCGGUGCCUGGAAGCCCGAAGCCAAGGUGUUCUUCACGGACGGCGCAAGGAUAGAAGCGGGAUUUAGAAAGUACUUCUACCGGGCGUCGCCCAGUCAGGCGGAAGACUCCCACGAGAUCAUUGUGUGCCAUGCCAACGUCAUCCGCUACUGGAUUUGCAGGGCCCUGCAGUUUCCCCCCGAGGGCUGGCUGCGGUUCUCGCUGACCAACUGCAGCAUCUCUGUCGUGAGCAUCCUGCCCUCCGGCAGGGUCCUGGUGCGGACAGUGGGGGACAGCGGACACUUGCCAAAGGACAUGAUCACCACCAACUAGCCGCUCCGGAAAAAGUGUAGGCACGCCGCUCGCCCGAACUGAGCCGAGUCCCCGACCGGAGCGGGAGGGGGGCCGAGGAAAAGGGCCACAAGAGCGCGGAAAAUAAAGUGUAGUGCACACAAUACUGUUUGAAGAGACGGGGUCUCGAUGACUGUUG